UUGGUUUGACCGUCGACGUGCAGAAGAAACUGGGCGAUGGGAUUAAUAAUUAACAUCCUAAGCCGAAAAGACUUAAUGGGCUCAUUAUUACUGGGCUUUAAAUACACAAUGGGCCUUUAAUAAGUGUGACAAUCCUCCGGCCCAUAUGAUUUAUUCCCCUUUCGCUGAUUCUAGUCUCGAAAAUUCAAAUUCUCUUUUCUCCCCCUCCUCUCCUCUCUCUCUCUAGCAAUGGCGCUUUCUGCAGCUUUCAAGGGGAGACUGGAUCAAAUGGAGUUUACGAGAAACCAACGACUCCAUCUUCUCCAGGCGGAGAAAGAGUUACAAAUGGAGAAAUCGCAGAUUCUAGCAUCGAAGCACGCAAGUAUUCAAUUCAUAGAGCGAAGAUGUUUGAUGCUCGAACAAAAGAUCGCUGCACAAAACCUCAAGAUCACGCUUCUCAGAUCUACCAUCCAAGAUCUCGAUUCCAAACACCACCGCUCUAUUCAGAAACUGAGGAGUUAGAUGAAGAGAGGGACAAGUAUUACAAACUAAAACGCUCUGAGAUGAAUGAGUUCGUGCAAAAUGUUGAGCGGUUUAGAUCGGAGAACCGGGUACAAGUCGAGAGCCUGAGACGCCGUGUCAAGGAGCUUAGCUCAACGUUCGAUCAAAUUCAUGAGAAGAAUAAUUAUCUGAGGAACACGAGUUAAAGGUGCACAAGCAGAUCAUGAACAAGUUUGAGGUAACCAUGUGGAUUAUAUGUUAUGAUGAUCCCACCUUACAUUUGACUUGUUAUAUUUUCUGGCUUUGUAUUUUCGUUAAGUAAUGAUGAGGUCUGUAAUUUGAUAUAUACAAAAAGGAGAGUCACUAAAACCUUUGCCAAGAAUCAAACAAUAACAUCUAGACAUUUCUU